ACAUUUUCUGUGUGUGCAUACAGGUGUGUACGGCAGCUCCCACUGGACCAGCGUGGGAUCGCGUCUUUGCGUUAGAAGCGUCUGAUUGUUGGUGUCGCACAGAGAAAGGAGCCUUCCUCUUCACCGGCGGAGCGGCUUCUCUCAGCACCUCUCGCUCUGCAAAACCGCGCAACUGGGGCAUGCAUUCAGUCAGCACACAGCAGCGCCAGCGCACCAACAAGCUGCUGCGAUCUGGGAGCCUCUGCACGUCUGCACAGCCACAGCUCGCUCUUUCGUAACAAAGUCGGGAGCCUCAGCCUCAGUUUGCAGGACAAUUUUGAGCUUUAAGUGUAAGGAUACGGCUGUGAAAAGGCAGGUGUGUGUCGGAGGGUUUGCACAUUGGGUUUUUUUUUUUAGCCCCCUCACAUUUUCAUCCUUUUCCUGCAACAUGCAGCUUCUUACCUGACAGAUCUGUGGCACCACAGCUGCUGCUGCCUACAGCUCUCCUGUGGUUAGCUGUGUGGGGGCUCCUACAUCAUCACCAUCAUCAUCUGCCACUUCAAACAGGACAAGAUAGAGGCUGACAUUGGUUCAUCACAGUGGCACCUGUCAGAAAGAUACCUACAGAAGAUGACCUCAUUUAAGCUGAUUGCCUGAAAGCAGCAUGAGAUAGCUGAGGACUAUCACACUAACUGCUGAUUUAAGCUAUUUUCUCUUUGAGGCCUGGUCCAAGAAGAUGUUCCUGUGUGUGAGCUGACUGGUCGCAGUGGUGUUCUAGCACGGGACGCAGCCAGCAGCUCAAACACAGACACACACCAAGAGGAAUGGCUCGCCCGGGAUCGGGGCUGCUGGUGCCCAUGAACAGGGUGGGGUACCCACCUCAGAACCUGGCCAGGGUAGUGGUCUGGGAGUGGCUAAAUGAGCAUGGGCGCUGGAGGCCAUACAGUGCAGCGGUGUGCCACCACAUUGAAAAUGUACUGAAGGGGGAUGCCCGUGGAAGUGUGGUUCUGGGACAGGUGGAUGCCCAGCUCUCCCCUUACAUCAUUGACCUGCAGUCUAUGCAUCAGUUUCGACAGGACACAGGCACCAUGAGGCCAGUGCAGAGGAACUUCUACGAGCCAUCAUCAGCCCCUGGGAAAGGUGUGGUGUGGGAGUGGGAGAACGACAACGGCUCAUGGACGCCAUAUGACAUGGAGAUUUGUGUGACCAUCCAGAAUGCCUACGAGAAGCAGCACCCGUGGCUGGACCUGACCUCUCUUGGCUUCUGCUACCUCAUCGACUUCAACAGCAUGUCCCAGACCAACCGUCAGAGUCAACGCAAGCGCCGCCUUCGGAGACGCAUGGACCUAGCAUACCCACUCAUCAUGGGCUCUAUUCCAAAGUCCCAGUCGUGGCCCGUGGGCACUAGCUCUGGCCAGCCCUGCUCAUGCCAGCAAUGCAUCCUGGUGAACAGCACAAGAGCUGCCUCUAAUGCCAUUCUGGCCUCUCAGCGGCGCAAGGUCUACGGGGGAAUGGCUGGCAACUCGGGCACCACAGGAACCCUUGGUGGAGUGCGGCAGAGCAACACCUUUGCUGGAACCUCCCUGUGGUCUCCAACGUCCGGCUCUUCCGCCGCAAACCAUAAUAACAUAAGUGUGGGAGGUGGACAGCCUAAAGCUGAACAGGUGCAGUCGCAGCUGUCUUCUGCCAACUUCCCCUGUUCCCCUGUGAUGCCAUCGCUUUCAUCCUCCCACGGUCACCACGCGCUCACUAUCAAUGGACAGAACAAUCUGAACCGGCCAGGCACCCAGCGCAUUUCCAUGGGGACCACCCGAGGAGCCAUCCCACCAGGUGUUCCUGCUUUACCAGUGAAAAAUCUGACCGGUUCUGGACCUGUGCACCCAGCACUAGCAGGUAUGACAGGUAUCCUGAUGUGCGCUGCAGGUCUGCCGGUUUGUCUGACUCGAGCUCCAAAGCCUAUACUGCAUCCACCACCCAUCAACAAGAGCGACAUGAAACCUGUGACAGGGAUCAAUGGCAUGCGGCGCAAAACCAAAAAGAAGCACCUGAAGAGAGGAAAAAACCCAGAAGACGUUGUCCGAAGAUACACAGAGAAGAUUAAAGUGGUGCCAGAUGAGGACUGUACCAUCUGCAUGGAAAGGCUGGUGAUGUCGUCAGGCUAUGAAGGCGUCCUGCAGCACAAAGGCAUCAAGCCAGAGCUGGUGGGAAAACUUGGCAAAUGUGGUCACAUGUACCAUCUGCUGUGCCUGGUGGCCAUGUACAACAAUGGCAAUAAGGACGGCAGCCUACAGUGUGCAACAUGUAAAACCAUCUAUGGGGAGAAAACAGGCACCCAGCCCCCUGGGAAGAUGGAGUACCACGUCAUCCCCCACUCUCUACCUGGCUACUCAGACUGCAAAACCAUCCGCAUCGUGUAUGACAUCCCCGCCGGGAUCCAGACCAAUGAGCACCCCAACCCUGGCAAGAAGUUCAGUGCGAGAGGAUUCCCUCGACACUGCUACCUCCCUGACAACGAGAAAGGCAGGAGGGUACUAAAGCUGCUCAUUAUGGCUUGGGACCGCCGCCUCAUCUUCACUAUUGGCACAUCUAGCACCACAGGAGAGUCAGACACGGUCGUGUGGAACGAGAUUCACCACAAGACAGAGUUUGGCUCCAACCUGACAGGCCACGGCUACCCUGACCCCAACUACUUGGACAAUGUCUUGACAGAGCUGUCAGCCCAGGGUGUUGGAGAGGACAAUCUGAAGGACUGACGGCCAGCAACACAGUCCAGCAUUCUUCAGAAAACAGGGACAGUGCAUGAUCGGCCAGCAUACGUUUGACAACUCCUUAACAGCUUACAACCUGAAACGUUAUUCAGAAGUGGCUGAAUGAGAGCAAUAGAAGCAGAAACCAAUGGUUCAGAUUUAUGUUUGAUCUCCACCCAGCUGUUUCUUGAACCAUGCCUUCAGGAUAUUGAGUCCAGGAUGAGCUCCCUCUCAUGGGGAUGAGGAUGUAAGAAUGAUUUUAUAUUCAUGUUGGAAGCUGCAAUUUCUAUGUAACUCCUUUUGAACUUAAAACCUCUAAACGCUCUACAGUUAAGAGUUGAAUGGUCAGGGUCUAUAUCAGACAUAUUUGAAAGGCUAAGCUCUUGAAUGCAUGACUCCGACUAACGCUGCAUAAUGAAUAUUGAGCAAAAAACUACAGCAGGGCAAGGAGACACCGGAUCAGUUGUUGCCUGAAAUAACAAGGGGAAUUUUGGGAGCGAAUUUUAACUAUAAAAGUUAUUAGAAUUUUCUUCUGCUUUGCCCUUUUGAUUUUACAAUUAACAUUUGCCCUGUUACAAGUACAGCGCCUUGCAAAAGUAUUCACACCCCCUGUCACAUUAUAACCCCAAACCUAAGUGUAUUCUAUCGGGUUUUGUGUGAUAGACUCACGCAAAAUACUGCGUAGUUACGUUAAUGGGAAAAUUCUGGUAUUCCACAUGGUUUUCAAAAUCUUUUACAAAUAACCUCCUUUUUCUGUAAAUGCAGCAAGUGUUAUGGGGUAUAUCUCUACCUGCUUUACACAUCUAGAGAUCAGAGGAAUUGGUUGCACAGCAUAAAUGAACAUGAAUUUUCAUUCUCCAUUGGAUUUAGUUUUGAACUUUGACCGGACUAAUCCAACACAUUAAAAAUACAUCCAUUCCCAAAGCAUGAUGCUGCCACCACCUUGUUUCACUUUGGGGAUGGUAUGUUCAGGAUGAUGGGCAGUGUUAGUUUUCUGCCACACAUAGUUUUGCAUCUACUGUAAGCCAAAAAGUUUAAUUUUAGUCUGGUUAGACUAGAGCUCCUUCUUUAAUGGUUGCUGUGUCAUUGCUUAUUUCCCUGUCAAAGACCCGAUCAGUAGAGUGACUUAUAGUUGUUGCGUCAACAUAUUCUUUCUCCUGAACAGUGGAUCUCUGCAGGUCGUCCAGAGUUACCAUAGCCCUCUUGGCUCUUUGACUGAUUUAAGCUUUGCCCAUCCUUGCCCAGCCCGUUAGUUUAGGUGAAGGGUCAGGUCUAGGUGGGUUUCCACUCAUGACAAGGAUGGCAGAUUGAACAGUGCUCCAUGCCAAAGGAUAUUGUUUUAUAAUCUAACCCUGCUUUAAACUUCUCCACAUCUUUCUCCCUGACCUGUCUGCUGUGUUCAUUGGUCUUCUUAAUGAUCUUUGUUCACUAAUGUUCUGUUUCAAACCUCAGAUGCCUUCACAGAAUAGCUGGAUUUACAGUAAGAUUAAACUGAACCCAGGCGGACUUCAUUUACUAUUUAGAUUAUCUGUGAAGACAGUUGGUUACAAUGUGUUUUAUUUAGAGGUAUCAAAGGGGCUGAUUACAAAAGCACAGCUCAUUUUUACAUUUUCAAGUGCAAAAACAUUUGAAAAUCAUUUAGAAUGUUCCUACUACUUCACAUAUUUGUGAUACUUUUAGUUCAUCUGCACUAAAGAAAUCUAAGUAAAACACAUGUUUGUGGUUGUAAUGUGACAACCUGUGAAAAAGAUCAAGGGGUGCAAAUACUUAUUCAGUACUGUUUUUCGAACUGGCUGGGCAAUUUCUAAGGUAAAGAUCUCAGCUUUGGGGAUACUAUUUAAGGUUAUGCUGGCAUUUUUAACUUUCAUUUAUAUUUGUUAACUAGUAAGUGUCUUGCAAAAUGUUUAUAUUUCCAAAAGCAAAAGACUCAAAAGUAUAUUUUGAAUGGUUACCUGUGUAGACAGAUAGUUGAUACAGACUGUUAGGGGGGUCUGUUAACAGCAUCUAACAUGGUGUUGUGAGCUGACAUGCCGAGGUUGUGCAGCAGAAUUUACUCGAAGGUUAAACUCAUUUGUUUCAUUGGCAUGUCGAUGAGGCUGACCUCUGUGAAUGGAAAGCCUGCUUUAUUAUUCCCAAUUGUUGAAACUUCCCCAGCUGUUGUUCCAAUCCAUCAUGGGAGGAGCAAGUGCGCAGUCGCCUGCUGUGCGGCAUUGCAGUGCUGGUUUAAGUCCUUGAGUGGAAAAGCUGAGUGCCCAGAUGGACGUUCCUCUCUCAGACACCAAUGAUUUUCCUUUCGGAGCUCCAUCAUUGGGCAGCGCUCCUGCUCUUGUGAGCCCUGCUUGCUGUUGCACGGCAUACUGAGCUCAACAGCCUGUAUAGCGAGCAGUGAAACAUUUCAUUUCCUGAGUGAGCUCUUGCAGAGUUGUUUUGGCUGAUCUUGACAUAUGGCUUCGACCUAGCUUCUUGUCGGCUGUUGAGUUCUUUGUUUAAAGAGGGGUGCAAAAUUUUAUCUUGUAUAUUGGCAGAGAAGGUAUUUUGUCUUGCAUACUCAAGAGUUAACUCAGAUUUAAUGUCCUUGAGCCUACAAUUCUUAAGGUCCGUCUGCUGUUUCUUUGCAGCCUAUUGGUGGAUAAUUCUCCUGAAAGUAUCUGAUCAAUUUUAAUGAGUUUGGCUGCUGGUAAAACGUUUUAUUGGGGUGCAACCAGCUGUGGGCUGAAUCAUAGUCUUCCAUAGCAUCUUGAGGCAACCUUUUGUUUGUUGAAUCAGUCUUUAUUUUAUUUUAUUUUAUUUUAGAAGAUGUCAAAAAUUGUCCUUUAAGUUGAUGUUUAUAAACUGGCUUGCAAUGCUUUAAAAAAAAAUAUGUAUAUGUAUGAUAUAUAAUUGCAGAUGUGAUAUACCUUUAACUUAAAGCUCAGUUUGAGUCGGUGGCGUAAGCUUAGUUUAUUUUUAUACUCUUCUAUAUAUAAAAACAAAAGAUUGUCCCACAUGUUUAUAUUCAGGCACAUGUCAAAAUGGAUUCUGGCAAAACAUUUGUCAGUUUGUCAGGGACUGAAACAUGUAUGACUUGUCAUAAGCAUUGUAUAUUACAAGUAGUGUUAGAAAGCAGCUGUCGUUACCUUAAUGUAGAAUCUGUGUUGCAGAUUGCCUGUUGGACACCAGUAAAGUCAAUAAAUUGACUUUUAUUAUUGAUGAGGGUUA